UCACACUGGCGCACGCUUGGUCAAAAAAAAAAAAAAAAACGUCUUUUAGUUGGGUAGUUCAAAAAGGGCGACUCGGAGAGAUGCCCUACACACUGGACGUUCAAAUAUCUGUAUCAUAUUUUCUUUUUCAAUAUGUAUCAUUUUGACAAUUUAGUUUACAGCAAACAACCCAACUUCGCCAUCGCUCGAAUCUAGAAUAUUUGCUUAACGAGCAAUGCAAAUCAUUUCUAAUGAUGCAGAAUCAAUCUAUGAUGCACGAGUACUGAAAUAAUGGACUUUUUGAUCUUAUUCUAAUUUAUGGAGAUGUUACUAAUAUGGCGCACGCGUCACUUUGAAAUGUCGGCAUGGCUUGAAGCAUUUUUUUGAUUGACUUGCGAUCACAUCAGCGCAUUCAUAUGUCGUGACGGCUUGUGCGUGGGAGUCAAGUAUCUGACUGAAGCGAACCGUUUGUUUCAGGGGAGUCGCGACCUCAGGGAUUGCAAAUGUUGGACAUUCAAGUUAGCUUCCGAGAAAGCACAUGCAUUUGUAACAUGUUCAGCUGUUUUGUGUGCGUGUGUGGGGGUUUUCUUUCUUUCUUUCUUUCUUUCUUUCUUUCUUUCUCUCUCUCUGGAUAGAUCCUGAGUACAUGUCGUGAAUUGUGGUGGCAGUUUAACAGGUUGUGUCCUCAAGUCACGGGUGUCGAACUGCGUCUUGUCAGGGGCCACAUCUUGGGUCAACAUCGCGACCGGGUGCCUUUGGGUGUCCUCAUCCGGAUCUUUCCUCAUCACGCUACAUACUCCCAAUUGGUCUCGCGAGCGAGGACAAAGUUAGGGAAAUCAUCGGGCUGUGCGCUUUUGCCGUCAAAUGAACAUGUUCGCUUUAUUUGAUCAAUUCCUGACAAAUAGCUCGCAAAUACAAAAAUGGUCAUGUAGAGCAUUUAUUUUGCAAGAAGAAGAAAAAAAAAGGUCGAAAUACAACAAAAGCUACUGUUUUGGCUAUUGGCUAUAUAUAUAUAUAUAUAUAUAUAUAUAUAUAUAUUUGCAGACCUGUGAAUAUUUAAUUGAAUUUAAAAUCAGAUGUGAUGGAAACUAGUGACAACCAAAUAUGACUAACUAUUGUCCAAUUUGGGGAAAAUGUGGCGCUGAGCUUCUGUCAAAAAGUGACGAAAAAGAAAUCCCUUGUAAAAUAAUGUUUCGUUGCCUUCGGCACCCUUGUCGCCGAAGGUUUGUCAAAGACGACGACCACGACGACGAUGUUGACAUUGCAAGAUGACGACGACGCGAAAGCAAACAUUGCGGCAGGUGUGUUUGAAAAGCGAGCUCGCGCUCAGAGAUGGACGCGGCGGCGAGCGGACGACAAGCGCUCAACGGUCAGUUUUCGACUCCGCAUUUGGAUGUCUCUUUUUUGUGUGUGUGUUUGUUCUCUCGGUUGUCCAACUUUGCGUGCAGGAGGCGCCGAGGAGCCACUCGCUGCACGUCCGAAGCCGCCCAAGGCUCCGGAGUCGCUGGGUCUGUCUCGCUGCGCGGGUUGCUUCAAGCGGCAAACACACGCCGUCAGGUCAGCGGGAAGCUCAGAGGACCGCCGACAGUCGUCAUCUUCCAGCGAAGACGACGACGACGACGAUGACGACGACGCGCCUGCAGGGGGAGCCGGUGAGCACGAGGGGAUCCGCGCUCACCGGCAGAACGAGACGGGAGACGCGACGAACGGCCGGCAAGGUGACCGCCGCCCCGCGCCGUGCGUAAGCAAAUUGCGCUCGCGAUGCGAUCGGCACGCGUGGGGGGAAAAAAAAAAAGCACAACAGGAGUUUCAGAUUAUCGCCUUCGACUUUCCGCACAUUGUUCUCGUUAUUAUUGUUGUCGUUUUUUUUCUACACCUUCCUUUUUUGCGUCUUCAAUUUCUACACUUUUGAAAAUGGCAAAACCUUUUAGAAAUGAAAAAUAAAUCCCACUCUAAAUUCUUCAUACUUUCUGUACUCAGAAAACAAUGUAACAUUAAUAAAACAAAACAUUAUUUUAACAAGGCUUAAAAAUAAAACAAAAUGCUACUCUAAAAAACUACUCUACUUUUGUCAUUUUCCAUUUUGACAUUUAAUUUGUUUUUGCGUUUGAAAAAUAAAAAUAUAUUUUAAAUCUAUUAUUUGGAUUCUUUUU